UCUCUGACAAUUUUUUUUUAGUGUAUCUUUUUAUUUGGGUAAUUUACAGUUACCUUCCUGCAGAUAUGUCAAAUUACGCCCGCAUACCCUCUAGUUUGGAUAUUUACGCUUAGCUCCGUAACUUUAAAACUUUGUAACAAAUACACCCUCCGGUCAGCUUCCGGCGUAGUCAAUGACAGUCAAUGCUGACAUCAUCACCAUCUCAACCACAAAAUGACUAUACUGCCCUUGAAAUUUCUGUGAAGACAAUCCUGUCCUCCUUAAGAAAUUAUAAUUACAAAAUCACCAUCUAGGUUUUGAUCCGUAUUCUCCCCCUUCCGGCGACAAUCAUUUUUAUUUUUUUGCUCUCUCCUUAUAUACCCAAAUUGAUACAAGAGAACUAAGAACAGAUUCAGAGUGCUCCUUGUAUAUAUAUAUACACACACUGUAAUCCUCAAAUUGAUCCAUAUAUAUACACACUGUGUAAGCCCUAAAUUGAUCCAUAUAGGUGUCGUCAGCGCCACAAAGUGUUAUACAGAACCACGAAGAGUUGCAAAUAUUAUAGGAGAAUGUAUUAUGGGCAUAAGUGUAAAUUUACACUAAAGAUUUUUUUUUAUUAUUAUUAAAAUGUAUUAAAAUAACAAGGGUAGAAAAGUAAAUUCGUUUCUCCCGUGACCGGAUAUGAACACCAGUAACUUGCAGUGGAGGUAAGCGUGAAUAUCCAAACUAGAGGGGAUGCCGGCGUAAUUUGACAUAUCUGCAGGGGAGGUAACUGUAAAUUACCCUUUUUAUUUUUAUUUUUUAUAAUUACUGUCUGACCCUGUUUUCAUCUACUAAGUUUCAAUAUCAACUCUUUAAUUUGUAAUAGUGGUUGGAUAAAAAAAGUAAUUCUAUCACAGAGCACUCUCAUGGGCAUCUGCUCUGCUCCAUAAAGAUUGAAGCAGUCCCUCUAUCCAAGAGGAAUUAUUUACAUUUAAUCUUUCUUCUGUGGAGUACAAUUUUAAUUAUCUCACGAAGAGAACAUUUUUCUUUCAUACCACCGGGCCUCUAGCUCGGAUGAUAUGUUUGAAAAGGUUAAGAGUUCGUGCCCGAUCCAUUAAGAGCAUGUUAUGGGUAACGAGUAUUUGUUUGCUUUAACUUUUGAAAAAAAAAAAAAGGAGAAUAUUUUUGUUUCACUAAUCAAUUUUUUCAAUGAUCUUAAUUAAUUCAGUCAAAUUAGUGAGAUGCCUAAUACCCUUGUUGUCCACGUUCGUUCUUCAGUUCAAACAGAAUUUAGAUGGCUACAAAACAGAAUUUAGUUAAUUAACAUGUAGGAAAGCCGACAUGUUAAUCACAACAAAAUGGCCUCAGUAAAUGACACAGAUAAGGAGGAAGACACCUUUCAUGGUCAAGAAAAAUUAAAAUGGAGGAUGACCCUAUUGUAGAAAUUCUUUAAUCAACAGAUCUUUUUCUAGAUAACCAAAUAACAUUAGUUUACCAAGCUCACUAGAGAGACCGCAAAAUAUUUCUCUUGCCCCAUACAACACACACACACACUCUCUCUCUCUACCCACCCGCUUUUCAUGGGUUACUUUCUCAAAACCAUAAAAGUUAUUCAUGUUAUGUUCGGUUGUAUGGAAUUCGUGGUUUAAAAUUGGAAUUAGAAUUGGAGAAAUUUUAGUUCAAACUUUAAACUAAUUUUUCUCCAAUUCCAAGACAUCAAUUUCAUGCAGCCGAACAUAGCACCACAGUAUUUGCAGUGGGUCUAGACCUCGCUUUCUGUACUUGGCAUGCAUGGGAUCUAUUUUGAAGCACUUGGGACUAAAAGCACAUGCUAGCCUACUAGAAUUUGCAUGAAAUGCUAGUGACCAGUACUCUUACCUGCCUUAAUUUGCUAAAUUCUGUAAUUAAUUAGUUUCUCAGAACAAUUUGCUUCAAUAUUUUGAUUCAACAAUACCAUGAUAAACUCAUCCCAAAUUAAUUAUAUAGAGAAACUUUGGCUCCAAACAUGUAAUGAGAUACCCCACCUUACAAGUCACAUCUCAUAAAGGCUAAAGCUAAUAUGACACAGAUCAAAGUAAACUGAUCUCAAAUUAAUCAACUCAAAUGUCAAUUAUAGUGGUAAUUAACCAGAGAUUAGAAAUAAUAGUACGUAGUAUUUAAUUUUCAUAUCCAUUUACUCUUAUAUAAAUUUUCCAAAAUUGUGUUGGUUGAGCAAAUUUAGAUGAGGAAAAAAGAAAGCUUUUUUAAAAAAAAAAAAAAAAAACUCAGAAAGGGUCAUUAACACGAAUCAUAACACACACAGAGAUUAGAUAGGCUAGGGAGGUAACCUAAGAUACAGUAAUAAGAGAUUAGAGAGGCUAGGGAGGUAACCUAAAAUGGGAUAGGUGCUCCAUUCAUGUUUAUUGGGUGAAUAUCCUAUAUAUAUUCUUCUGCCCAUUUAGGCCUCUCCUGAUUCCGUUUUCUUAUAUAUUGGCUUGAUAUUGAGUGUUGCAUCCUAUUACUUCCGUUUUCCUGUUGCUUGCAUCUUCAUGAUCAUUCAUUUGUUGGUUAGCUAAUCAUCUCUUGAUUGGAGUCUUUUGUUUAUUUCUUCUUCUUCUUUGGAUGGAUUUUGGGUCUGGUUGGUAAUUCCAGAGACAUCCUAUCAAAUUUGGCGUUUGCCACUUUGCCGAGAGAGACACCAUAUGUCCAGCUCUCACUUGGUUCUUGUUAUUGCUAAAGUAGUAGGAGUAUCAAAUUUGGCGUUUGCCACUUGAUUGUUUCGAAAAAUGGUCCUCUUCAUUUUUUAUUUUUUUUGUGAUACAUGACAUUAAAUUAUUAAAUGGGCUCACUGGAUCGUGUUUCAUUAUAUUUCAUAUUAUUAUGAAGUGUUUAACCAUUUAAUAUAUAUACUUGAAUUUUAAUAGAUGAAUUGAAAUCUGCCAAAUAACAGGGAUUCACACACUGAAAUCAAAUGAGACUUGGUAUGAUCCAGUCUACGAAUUUCCUUUUCAAUACACUUGGUCCAUAUAAUAAAAUGAUAUUUAGAUGGAUCCACAUUUUUGUGGGCUCAAUGGGUGAGAAAUUAUUUUUUUCAAGGAUAAGAGCUUCUAGGAUUUGAAGAUUCUAGACAAUGCUCAUGGUUAUGGAGGAAAUUACUUCAACUUAGGGAGAGUGCAUUCAAGACCUGUAUAGAUCCGCCAAGUCAGGAACGGUACCAGUUCUUACUUUAUGAAAAGGUGGUUCAAUGAUAAUAUGUCAUAAAUUAAAUGAAUUUGAAACUUUUCUGAUGCAUUUGGUGAAUUUACUAGGAAAAAAUAAAAAAAUGUACUUGGCUCGGUGUGGGUGUGGGUGUGGGCGGGGAAAUUGAAAGGAGAGUAAAUGAUUAUGUAGUUCCAUGUGGUGCAAUGUUAACUCCUUAACUUUGGUGUACAUCCUUGCUGGCUCGCUCAAAGCCAACAUAGGCUCGUAAACUUGAGCUAUUGGAAAGGUGUAAAAUUUAUAUCCUUUGACACGCCCCUUCACGUGUGACCUUAUUUUGGUCCGACACGUGUUUUUUUCAAUUUUUAAUUAUCAGGGUGACGGCGAGGUUUGAAUUCGAGAUUUUUGACUCUGAUACCAUGUUGACAACCAUCUACUUCAAAAGCUUAAACUACUGGGGAGGUGGAACUUUAAUAUCAUAUCCUCUAUAAAAACCAAGCAUGGAAACCUUAAAAAACCACACCUCACUCUGCUACAAUGGCAAUCUUUUCAUACCCUGAGAUACUCUUACUGCUACUAUGCUUUAUUAUUGUUCUUUGUUAUAGGAGAAGGCUGAGAAGCUACCUGCAGCUGACAAAUUGGCCUCUUGUCGGUAUGCUGCCGGGGCUUCUUCGAAUUGGUAACAACCUCCAUGAGCUUGCCACCGUGUUUCUCAAGCAAAAUAGAGGUACAGUUGAGUUUAAAGGCCCUUGGUUUGCUAAGAUGGACAUGCUGAUCACGGCUGAUCCUGCCAAUGUCCAUCACAUCUUAAGCAAAAACUUCUCAAACUACCCCAAAGGCCCCGAAUUCAAAAUGAUUUUUGAAAUGUUAGGAGAUGGGAUUCUGAACACUGAUUCAGAGUUGUGGGAAGCCCAUAGGAAAACCACCAUGCCCAUGAUGAACCACGACAAGUUCCGCGACCUCUUAGAGAGAAGUAGCUGGCAGAAGGUGAAAGAAGGGCUAAUACCGGUUCUUGAUCACAUCUCAGGCCUAGCAACGGAGGUUGACUUGCAAGAGUUACUUCAAAAGUUCACUUUUGAUAUUAUCUGCAUGUUAGUUUUGGGCCAUGAUCCAGGCAGCCUUUCCAUUGCCUUACCGCACAUUCCAUGUGAGAAGGCGAUUCUUGAUGCUGAGGAAGCCGUAUUCUAUAGGCAUGUAUUGCCAGUAAGCUUAUGGAAGUUGCAAAAAUGGCUUCAAAUUGGCAGAGAGAAGAUGCUGAGAAAUGCUUUGCUGGACAUUGAUCAAUUUGUGUAUCAGUGCAUUUCAAUGAAGCGCGAAGAAAGUGAAAGCAAAGCCAAAAUGGUGGAGCACCAAGAGGAGGAGGGUACUUAUGACUUGUUAUCAGGAUUCAUGAAAGCAUACAAAGGAAAGAGUGGUGCUUCUGGCAAGUUUCUGAGAGACACCUUAGUGAAUUUUAUGUUUGCAGGGAAAGGCAGCAUAAGUGCUGCCCUCACUUGGUUUUUUUGGCUCAUUUCAAAAAACCCUUUAGCAGAAAUCAAAAUCCGAGAAGAGAUCAAAGCAAAGUUGCAUGUGAAAGAAGGCGAGAAAUGGAGGUUUUUCAAUGUUGAAGAGUCGCACAAACUGGUGUACCUCCACGGAGCUUUGUGUGAAUCUCUAAGAUUGUUCCCGCCAGUAUUUUCAGAGCAUAAAACUCCACUUCAACCAGACAUCCUUCCAAGCGGCCACCGCAUUGAUCCAAAUACAAGAGUGUUGCUAUUGUUUUAUUCAAUGGGAAGGAUGAAGAGAGUAUGGGGCAAAGAUUGCUUAGAGUUUAAGCCAGAGAGGUGGAUUUCAGCGCAAGGAGUCGUCAAACAUGAACCAUCCUACAAGUUCACGACCUUCAAUGCAGGACCGAGGAGUUGUUUAGGUAAGGAUGUGACUUUCAUCCAAAUGAAAAUAGUUGCAUCUACCAUUAUUCAUAAUUAUCAAAUUCAAGUCGCAGAAGGUCAUCCCAUUUCCCCCCAAAAUUCAAUGUUACUCCACAUGAAGCAUGGUCUGAAGGUCAGGGUUACCAGAAGGAGUGUUUGAUGAACAAGACACCACUGGAAGAUCAGGUGGUCUUUGGCAAUGUUUUUAUCUUUAUUUUUUUUCUUGGCUUUUUGCCCCUAUGAGACUUAAACCCUCUGUAGAAAGCCGAGGAAAUAACACUUGGCUAUAUAGCAUUCGGUAUUAUCUUUAUUGUUUUAGCUGUAACCUUGUGUGAUAGUACCAUGUAAUCCCAACUUUAUUAAUUAAUAUAUGAAUAAAAUUGUGUUCCAA